UCCUGGAUAAGAUGGCGGCGGCCGGGGUCUUGGGGAGCGGUCGUAGAGGGUGCCGCCGCCCUAGGCGAGGUCUGGCCGCCCUGCGCGGAAGAACCGCCCCCUGCAGCACCAUCUCCAACGCUUAGCAAAGGAACCCAGGCCCCGCCCGGGACGGCAGCCACACCAUGGAUUCUUCUAGUUCAUCUAGUUAUUUCUCUGUCGGCUCCACUCCCAGCUCUGUGGUUCUCCUCUACUCGAAAGAGCUCAAAAAAUGGGAUGAAUUUGAAGAUAUUUUAGAAGAGAGGAGGCAUCUCAGUGACUUCAAAUUUGCAAUGAAAUGCUAUACACCUCUUGUCUACAAGGGUAUUACCCCUUGCAAGCCAAGUGAUAUUAAAAAUAGUGUUCUCAAUUCUGAAGAGAUUCAUUAUGUCAUAAAACAGCUUUCCAUGGAAUCACUUCAAUCUGUCGAUGCCCUCCGGGAAGAAGUUUGUGAAAUCUUGGAUGAGAUGAGCCACAAACUGCGUCUGGGGGCUAUACGGUUUUUUGCCUUUGCUUUGAGCAAAAUAUUUAAACAGAUUUUCUCAAAAGUGUGUGUAAAUGAAGAAGGUAUUCAGAAACUGCAACGAGCCAUCCAGGAGCAUCCUGUCGUUUUGCUGCCUAGUCACCGAAGUUACAUUGACUUUCUCAUGUUGUCAUUUCUUUUAUACAACUACGAUUUGCCUGUCCCAGUUAUAGCCGCAGGAAUGGACUUCCUGGGAAUGAAAAUGAUUGGUGAGCUGUUGAGGAUGUCAGGGGCCUUCUUCAUGCGACGCACCUUUGGUGGCAAUAAACUCUACUGGGCUGUAUUCUCUGAAUAUGUAAAAACUAUGUUACGGAAUGGUUAUGCUCCUGUUGAAUUUUUCCUCGAAGGGACAAGAAGCCGCUCUGCCAAAACAUUGACCCCUAAAUUUGGUCUUCUGAGUAUUGUGAUGGAACCAUUUUUCAAAAGAGAAGUUUUUGAUACAUACCUUGUUCCAAUUAGCAUCAGCUAUGAUAAGAUUUUAGAAGAAACUCUUUAUGCAUAUGAGCUCCUAGGGAUUCCUAAACCGAAAGAAUCUACUGCUGGGUUGUUGAAAGCCAGAAGGAUUCUGUCUGAAAAUUUUGGAAGCGUCUAUGUAUACUUUGGAGACCCUGUAUCACUUCGAUCUCUGGCCUCUGGGCGGAUGGGUAGGAGUCCGUAUAACUUGGUUCCCAGGUAUAUUCCUCAGAAGCAGUCUGAGGACACGCAUGCCUUUGUCACUGAAGUUGCCUACAAAAUGCAGCUUGUACAAAUUGAAAAUCUAGUUCUGAGCCCAUGGUCCCUAAUAGUAGCUAUUCUACUUCAGAACCGGCCGUCCAUGGACUUUGACGCUCUGUUAGAAAAGACUUUAUGGCUAAAAGGCUUAACCCAGACAUUCGGAGGAUUUCUCAUUUGGCCUGAUAAUCAGCCGGCUGAAGAAGUUGUCCAGUCGCACAUCCUUUUGCAUUCCAACAUUGCCAGCCUUGUCAAAGACCAGGUGGUUCUCAGAUUGGGGUCUGGAGACUCAGAAGUGGUUGAUGGACUUAUUUUCCAACACAUCUCUCUGCUCAUGUGCUCAUCUUACCGGAACCAGCUGCUCAACGUUUUUGUCCGUCCAGCCUUAGUCGCCACAGCACUGCAGAUGUCACCUGGUUUCAGGAAAGAAGAUGUCUACAGUUGCUUUAACUUCCUACGUGAUGUUUUAUCAGAUGAGUUCAUCUUCUUUCCAGGAAAUACAGUAAAGGACUUCGAAGAAGGUUGUUACCUGCUUUGUAAAAGCGAGACCAUUCAAAUGACUGCACGGGACAUUUUAGUUACUGAAAAAGGAAAUGCUGUGUUAGAAUUUUUAGCAGGACUCUUCAGACCUUUUGUGGAAAGUUAUCAGAUAAUUUGCCUGUACCUCUUACGAGAAGAAGAAGACCACUUCACCGAGAAACAGUACUUGGCUGCUGUUAGAAAAUUCACAAGUCAGCUUCUCAAUCAAGGUGCCUCUCAGUGUUACGAUGUAUUAUCUUCUGAUGUACAAAAAAAUGCCUUAGCAGCUUUUGUGAGGCUUGGUGUCAUAGAGAAGAAGAAAGUAAAUAAUGAUUACAUAUUUAGUGUGAAUGAACCUGCCACAACAAAAUUAGAAGAAAUGCUUGGAUGUAAAAUACCAAUAAGAAAAACAGCCACUGCAAAACUUUAAUAAUCGCCAAUUAUGGAAAAUUUGGUCACAUAAUUAUAGUCAUCAAAGGACUAUUACUACAGCAAUAGGGAAGUAAAGGAAGAGAUUGUCUUCUCAUCCUUCGUAAGACUUCAAGAACAUAGAUUCCAGAGAGCGGAAGAAAUGAUCAGUGUGAGCAAUCAACGUAAUCUUCCCACAUGGUUAAAAGGCAUUUGUAUCCAACAGUGUGUGUUUUAAAAUAAAGCAAUCUUUUAAAAACA